AUGGCUGAGGUUAUAGGAACCAUUUCGGCGGCCCUUCAAGUCGCCGAGCUUGGUGGCCGCCUCUCAGUCAAGCUAUGCACUUUCGCGCACAAGUUCAAGAAUGCCGAUAAGGCACUACGAAGUUUGUCGAACGAUGUGGCACUUACCUGUAGUGUACUUCGCCAAUUAGGUGACAGUCUGAGACAAGAUGAUCUGGUUUCAUUAUAUUCCCCAGAUGCCUUCGCCACUGCCCAGGAUGUGUUGGAAGAAUGCAAGAAGGUUUUCAAUGACCUCGAGAGUGAGAUCGAGCAGCAGCACCCAGAAACUUCAUCCAAGUCUCGCAUGGAAAGGGCAACUCGCAAAAUAUGGUUUUUGAUGAAUGAGCCCCGCUUGGAUGCGGUGGCUGGGAAUUUGGAGCGACUAAAAUCGACUAUGCUUUUGAUGCUCAAUGUUGUAAUUUAUGCUGGGCAGCUCCGCAGUCGACACGAAGUGAAUAGAGCCCAAGAGCAGCGCGAACUUCUGCAAAUGCUAGCCGUGGAAAAGAUUGAGAGCGAGAGGAAAUUCGAGCAAUUGACCACGUCAAUCCAGGUUUUCAACUUGAAUAUCGAGAAUCAUGGAAAUGGGACGCCAUUUCAAACACAAGAUUCUGGAAAGUUCAAUGAUGAGCUCCAGCACUACUACGAUAUGAUAAGGGCUGUUCUCAAUACUAUAGACGCGGCAGAGUGCUUUCUGGACGAAGGUCGUUACCGAAGGCUGAAAGCUGGAUUCAGUGCCGUACAUAGCGGAGAAGCUGUACGACUCAAAGAGACUUAUGGAUCGAGAGCCUCUUAUCUAUUUUCUCAGUUGAAGAUAACUCCCACACCCCACGAAGCAAGAACUAUCCAGGAAACGCCGCUACCUCAAGGCCCGCCACCGCAAGCAAUACCAUCAAAAUUGCGCAGCAAAAAGAGGAAGAAAGCACCUAGUCAUCCUAUCGCAAUACAGCCAAAUUCAUGGCGGAAAAAUCCAGCGGACUCACCACUUCCGGAAAUACCGACAUCGGUGGUCCAUCAACCUUUCAAAUCCGAACCCAACAACGAAAGUAUUCCCGAUAAUGCCUUCAAUCUCGACUUUGGUGCUUUGGAUAACCCAGACAUCCUGGAAAGUUUCGAUUUCGAUACCUUUCUCAACAAAGACGCAGCCGGUACCGGGUUCGGCUUCGAGCCAAACAUGUCGCUUGAUAUCGAUCCGUUGGAGACUCCAACUGAGCAGAAACAACAUAUAUAUGGAGAUCUCAAGGGCCCGUCCGCAGUGGACGACACAUCCCUUGAAAAUCCAGAUGUCUGGAUAUUGCGCUGGACAACAUUAGAAAAGACUGAGCUAAGUCAAUGA